GCGGUCGGAGAGGGAGGGGGGAGUGUCAAGGCUACGGCGACAGAGAACAUGCAGUUGGGAGAAAAAAUAUUCUAAGCUACCAUCUCUGUUCCAAACGCGCGGGAAUCAGACUGGUCUGAGUGUUCGCCCACGCUUUAUACUUGAUCCAGAAUUUCACUCCCUGAACUUCAAUCAUGCAACAAGGUUAUUCACCCCAGCAAGGAAAUGUGACUGUAGUUGUCCCCCCGGAAUUCGGGGAGAAACCCGUCCAGGUAACUUGUGGAAACUGUAGACAGACGGUCAUCACUACCACUACAGCAGAAAAUGGAGCUUGUGCUUAUAUUGCUUGUAUCAUCGUACUCAUCUUUUGCUGCCCAUGUUUCUUCAUCCCCUUGUGUAUUGAUUCAUGUAAAGAUAUCCAACACACCUGCCCCGGGUGUGGUGCUCGCCUGGGCACAUACAAGAGGGUCUAAGAAGAUUUCUGGGCACGAGAAACAGACAGAAAAUACAUCAAAAGUCUGGGAAUCUCGAAGAACCAGCAAUCUUUUCAAGUUUAAACAUUCUAGAUGUUCCAUAUUUGCAAAAGGAAAAUUUGUUGUUACACAAAAUAUUCUUUAAAUGUAUGCCAAUAAUGUUUAAUAUGCAUGCAGUAAACUGAAAAUGUAUCAAUAUAGCUUUUAUAGUAUUUGCUAUGCAAUCGUGUAUGCUUAAUAUUUCACGAAAAGCUAGCCAUUUGAGUUAGUCAUUAAAAAUGAAAUGGUAUAGGCAAUGUAGUAGAAAGAACAAAAAUCAGUCAUGAAUGUAACGUAUAUUUUUAAUAAUGAGUUACCUUUUUCUAAUGAGCAAUUUGCCAUAAACUAUUGCACAUACAGAAACUCUUUACUAUAUAUCAUUCAUUAAUGAUCAAAAUGUGGAUGAAAGUUUACAGAUUCUAUUUAUAAGUUUAUAACAUAAACCCUUUAUGGUACUGACCAAUGAAGCAAGUGCAAUCAAUGAUCAUUUCAGUUACACGAGAUAAGUAUGCACAAAGAUUUAUUUAUAGAAUAAAAUUAAAUUUUACGAAAUCAUUCAAAUAUAUGGAUUUAGAAAUAAUGCAUAUGCAAAUAUAUCGUAUUAAUUUCAUUAUAAAAACAUUGAACUGAAAAUUGGAGUUCUUCAUUAAAAUGCUAAUCAUUUACAAAUAAAUUGUCGUAUGCACUGUUGUAUUCAAUUUUAUCAUAUUCAUAAUUCAUUUUUCACGAAAAAUAAAAAAAGGAUCUUAAAAAAAUCUUUAAAGGAUAUUUGUUAAUUUUUACGGUCCCUGGGUUUGCUUGCAAUAUUAAGAUUUUCACAAGAUUGCCAAGCUUUUCUAUACAUAAAACACCAAAAUGGUUGCAGUUCCGGUUUUAGCGCCGAUUUUUAGAUUAUGCAAAAUCGCCAAGAUAAUUGGUUUACCUGGUGAUUUUCAAAUUAUAUCGAGAUUACCGAGAUUGGUUGGGGAUGGUCUACAUUUUUUGGCUGUUAAUUUUUUUUGGCUGAAUGACCAAUAAAGUGUCAUGCAGAGUAUUAUCAUAAUUUUAAAAUUAGUAUGUGCUUUUCUGUUGUUUUUUUCCGUUAAAAUGUGAUCAUGUUGAAAGUUUGGAUUGUUGUAUACUUACCUAUCACUAAUGUUAUGUCAUACACAGUAUAUUGCCAUACAUUCAACUUUACUUUUUUAACACCUUUUCUCCAUUAAAAAAUGAAGUACUUUGAAACUCUUUAUUAUUGAAAUAUGUUUUAAUUUUCUGUAAUUUGUCAUACAUCGUACUACCACACUUUCAACACUGAUUUUUGAAUUUUCAGAAGUCAUAGAAAAUUGAGCGCCUCGAAGGUUUUGGAUGCUUAUAUUUUUACCGUCUAUAAAGUGGCAUACAUAAUACUGCUUUAUUUUUUAUAACAAACAGUACUCUAGUUAUAUUUCAACCUAGUUUUUUUUAGAUCUUGUCAAAUAGGUCAUUAGUUGUUUUGUAUGUAUAUAAAAUACGAUAUCUAAAAGUAGAAAAAAAUAAGGCAAUUUAAUAACUCAUAAAAUUAAGAACUUACCUUAAAAGUUAUUUAUCAUUCCCAGAUUAAAGGACGCAUUUUAUAUUUCAAGGGAAAAUAAAUAAAAAUCAGGUACGCAGCUCUCUAUUAGCACAAAAUGCUUAAUGAUAUUGUUAAAUAACUACACAAUAUUGACCAGCAUUCAGAAUGUUGGAUAUCAUUGUGGAGACAUCGUACAAUAUCUUGUGCAAUAGGGCUUAAACAUUUUGUGAUUAAACUGGCCUUGCAUUCUGUUGUCUAAUGAUCAAUCUAUAAUUCCUUUGUGAAAACUAGAAUAGGAAGUAUGAGCUUACCUACAGGAACAGUCCAAUCUUUUAAGUAUUAUAGUGACUUACAUAAUUGAUCAUUUAACUUGUCGAAGCGAACAACAACACAAAAAAAUCGGCUAUUAGCCGUUCCAAAGAAAGUCAGAGUAUUCCGUAUGAAAGUACAACUGUAAUUCAAAUUAAAACCAAAUAAAUAGUAAUCGUCGAUAAAUUGUUUCGCUGUCUUAAUGUAAUAUCAUAAUGGUAGCAUGAAAAGGGUUUUUUUUAAAAUACAAAACACAAUGUUAAUAAUUAGUAGUUUUCUUACUUAUCUGUGCAAUUUGUUUAAAUUUUAAUAAAAACAGCUGUGAUUUUCGUUUUUUUAUUUGUUUCCUAGCUACGCUAAUAUAUAUUUUGUGUACUUUUCUAAAAUAAUAACUAAUCAUUGUGAUUAUUUCUUAACUUUGAAAUAUCAAGUACAAUGGCAUUGUUUGUAUUGAUCUAUGAAAUGGAUAUUUUUAUCGCAAUUAAAUCAUCUGCAAUUUUGCAGUUAUAAAGUUUUGUAUCUCACUUUGCAGCUUCUCUAAGGUUAUAUACAUAUUGAGAUAUUUUGCUAUAAUUUUGACAACAAUAUCAAUUUAAUUUUAAAAAAUAUUCUUCGAAUUAAAAAUGAGUGCUUUCAUUAUAGCAGUAUUUUCACAUUGACAAUAGUUUGUACAGUUUACAAUUAUUGAUUUAUUUCUAUAUUUGGAUAAAUAUUUUGUUCAUGAAAAAAUUUUGAUUUAUAUUUUCUGUCUGUUACUGUUGUAUGAGUCGAAUGUUUUCUAUAUUUUCAUUUUCCUUUGAAUUCUCAUGUGAUUAUUUUGUUUCAUAAUAAAUUUUAAAUGCUGUCAUUAUCUUCAAAUGAUGCGCUGUCUAGCUAAGCUAGAACUGUUUUGUAUAUAUUACUCAUGAACAUUGCAGAUAAUUAUGAUUAUUUCCUAGUAUUGCAGCAUUCUUAAGAUCUACAAUUCUUUUAUUUCGAAAAAUAAAGCUUUUUAAAUGUAA